AUGUUAUGGAGCCAAAUAAUGAUCAAAGCUAUGUUAAUAACUCCAAUGUUCAACAUAAAGAUGAGUGGCCUUCUUUUGAGCAUCAAUCUACAGUUCUCGUGUCCUCCGUUGUUGAUGUCCAUCCAAGUUGAGUAUUAUGCAAACUUAUCUAACUUUGUUGAAGCUAGUAGGCAAUUGAAGAACCAUGGAGAUCAUUUUGUUGCUGAAGAUGGCCCUGUUGAGAGUGAGAAUCAUGACAGUGUUGGAUCUGCUUCUAUUCCCACUAAAAUUAUAUCUGAUGAUAAUCAAGAAAGUGCUUCUACAUUUGACGAUAGUUUGUAUGAGGACCUAAAUUAUUAUCAGUCUCAUCGGCAUCCUUUUGAUGAUAAUGAAGCUGAAAAUGGCGCUUCAUCAGUGGCUGCAAACUUAAAGCAGCUGAAUAUACACAGAAAUGAUCAAGGGACAGAACCAGAGGAAGACAAUUCUGAUGUACUUAUUCCAAAUCAUCUACAACUUCAUACUCCAGAAUGCUUUAGUUUGAGCUUUGGUAGUUUUGGAUAUAAACAAAAUGUCGCCGCUAUUUCUGAUGCUGGAACACAUACAUCUAGGCCCUUACAAGGCAACUUGGAUGAGGCUUCUGGAGCUAAUAAUGUUUCAACUAUUGGGUUCUCAGAUGCCAACAAUCACGACUAUUAUGGGGAUGAGGCUUUAAAACCGGAACCCUCUGAAACUGCUCAGAAAAAUCAAUAUUCAUUUCCUUCAUCUUCGCACGAGUUUACCUAUGAAAUGCCGAGAAACCAGAAAUUCACCACGUGUCGCAAUCUACCUCAACUCACCUCAUUCCUUCACUAG